AUGGGAGGAGGAGGACAAAGGCGCAGAUGGGAGUACUGCUGGGUUGUUCUGCGUUUCUCUUUGCUGCUCUGCUUGGGGGAGGUUUCAGCACAGAUAAGGUACUCUAUUCCAGAGGAGGUGAAAGAGGGAUCUGUUGUUGGAAAUGUUGCUAAGGAUUUGGGUCUUGACGUCAGUACUUUGGUGGAGAGACGGUUUCGUAUUGUUUCUGGAUCUAAGGACGCUCUUUUCCAGGUAAAUCAGAACAAUGGCGUCUUGUAUGUUCACAAGAAUAUCGACAGAGAAGGGAUUUGUAGCGGCAAGGUAGCUUGCGUGAUAGACCUGAAAAUCGUCGUUGAAAACCCGCUUGAAAUCCACUAUGUAGGUUUAGAGAUAAUGGAUGUAAAUGACCACUCGCCAAGUUUCUCUGAGAAAAAUCUACACCUAGAGAUAGCUGAAAAUAAACCUCCAGGAGCUCGAUUUGAACUCCAGCCUGCGCGUGAUUUCGACUCCGGAAUUAAUUCUAUACGUUCCUAUAAGUUAAAUCAAAAUGAACAUUUCGAUAUAGAACUGAGAGAUAGUGGGGAAGGGGAUACAAUACCGUUUUUAAUUUUACAGAAAGCCUUGGACAGGGAACAGAAGACCAAACAUUCUUUACUAUUGACAGCAUUGGAUGGGGGGAAUCCACCGAGAUCAGGUACUCUGAACAUAACUGUCACAGUCCUUGACGCAAAUGAUAAUCAGCCUGUAUGUAGUCAGGACGUCUAUUCAGUUACAUUACAAGAAAAUGCUGAUAUUGGUAGGUUUGUAGUUAGAAUUAAUGCAACCGAUGCAGACCAUGGGUCAAAUGGCGUGGUGGAAUAUACUCUCGGUAGAAAUUUAAAGCGGAGAGUACAUGAUAUUUUCCUAUUGGAUAGCAUUACUGGGGAAAUUAAGGUGAGAGGCCCGGUAGAUUUUGAAGAAAAUGAGAUGUACAGUCUAAAUGUACAGGCGUCUGAUAAGGGCCAGCCUCCAAUGACAACUGAUUGCAGAGUUAUUGUAAAGAUACAAGACGUAAACGACAACAGACCACAAAUAGAGGUGACAUCACUCUCUAAUACAGUGUCUGAAGAUUCUAAACCUGGAACUGUUAUAUCUCUCAUCAGUGUGACAGAUCAAGACUCUGGUAUUAACGGAAAAGUUAUUUCCAGUAUAACUGAAAACGUGCCAUUUGAAUUAAAACCCUCAUAUAAGGAUAACGUGUAUUCUAUAGUCACAAAGGGACGUUUAGACAGAGAACUCGUGUCCCAUUAUGACAUCACAAUAACAGCCACAGACUGUGGUCAGCCUCCUCUGUCCACAUUCAAAACGCUGAGCGUCCAGAUAUCAGAUGUGAACGAUAACAGUCCAGAAUUCUCCCAAAACCCCCUUCAGCUGUACUUAGUGGAAAAUAACGCCCCUGGUGCAUCGAUAUUCUCUGUAAGCGCUUGUGAUAAAGACUUGAAUGAAAAUGCUGCGAUUUCAUAUCACAUUGUUAGAGGAGAAGGGACACAGAAUGAUAUGGCAUCUUUUCUGAAUAUCAAUUCUGAUAAUGGCCAUAUCUCCGUGCUCAAAAGCUUUGACUUCGAAAUCCUCAAAACUUUCCAAUUCCAAGUUGUAGCUACGGACUCUGGAACUCCGUCACUAAGCAGUAACGUCACAGUCAACGUGUUCAUUCUGGAUCAGAACGACAACGCUCCAGUGAUCUUGUAUCCAGUCAGCGCUAACGGUUCCGCUGAAGGUGUGGAGGAGAUUCCCCGCAAUGUGAACGCAGGCCAUUUGGUGACUAAAGUGAGAGCCUAUGACGCUGAUAUAGGAUAUAACGGCUGGUUAUUAUUUUCACUGCAGGAAGUUACUGACCACAGUCUCUUUGCUUUGGACCGCUAUACGGGACAGAUAAGGACACUACGGUCAUUCACAGAGACAGACGAGGCUGAGCAUAAACUGGUCAUACUGGUAAAAGACAAUGGGAACGUUUCACUGUCAGCAACAGCUACUGUGAUUAUCAAGGUUGUGGAGCCCAAAGAGGCUUUUGCAGCUUCUGAUGUUAAAAGUUCAGUAAAAGACGAGGAGGAGAACAGCGUUACAUUUUAUUUGAUCAUUACUUUGGGGUCAGUUUCAACGCUUUUUCUCAUCAGUAUCGUCGUGUUGAUUGUAAUGCAGUGCUCCAAACCCACAGACUAUUCCUCCAAGUAUUUACAAGAUGUGAAUAACGACGGGACACUGUGCCACAGCAUCCAGUACAGAUCCGGAGACAAUCGGUACAUGUUAGUUGGACCCAGAAUGAGUAUAGGUUCUACUAUAGUCCCGGGAAGCAAUGGAAAUACUCUUGUGCUACCUGAACACAGGAGGAGAGCUUCUGGAGAGGUAAGAGCUGUUUCUAAGCAUUAA